AUGGGAAGCUUUCUGUUCAAGUGGGAGCAUCCGGCCUCCGAGGUCUACGUGACUGGCACCUUUGACGGCUGGAAGAAGACGGAGAAGCUAGAAAAGGUUGGCGAGCACUUUGAAAAACAAGUGCAGCUCAGCGAUGCUUCCAAGAAGAUCUACUACAAGUUUGUUGUUGACGGCAACUGGGUGACGGAUCACACAGCUCACAAAGAAACUGACGAAAGUGGAAACGAAAACAACGUCCUCACACCCGAGCGAAUCGUGCAAGACGCCCCCGCUACAACGGCCAUCAUGAACUCUGCCGCUCCCGAUUCAACGACCGCUGCCUUGGCAGCUGAUGUCCCUCUGGAGAAGGACAAGGACAUCAAGACCGACGGUCUUCCCGGAGUCUUCCCCGAGACUCCUGCUGCCGAUUUGAACAAGGAGUUCAGCGUCAACCCGCUGCCUGCUGCCCCUGGCGCUGUGAACCCCAUCCAGCUCGCACCUGGCGAGAAGAUUCCCGAGCAUGUCGCUGCUGAGAGCACGACCAGCAACGUGAAGUUGGACCCUGAGUCGUACGAAAAGGCAGACACUCUCCCUGGCGGCGUUGCUACCUUCUCUUCUGCUGCCCCCACCUCAACCACUGCUCAAUUGGCUGCCGGUGCACCUAUUGAGACCAAGACUGACAAGGUCCCUGAAAUCGUCAAGGAGAGCCAGGAAAAGGCUCACGUUGACCCCGAAGCUAGUGCUGUGCCUGAAGAAGUCCAGGAGAAGGCCGCCACUGAGAAGGAACUGCUCGACAGAGUCAAGGAGGCCCCGUCUACGUCCGAAGGUACUGCUGGAGUCGGUACGGAGAAGACUGAGAGCACCGUCACCGCGAGCGAAGCUGCUGCUUCUGUUGCCGCUGCUGGUGCUGCUUUGGGUGCCGCUGCUGUGGCUGGUGCCGUUGCCGCCAAGGACAUUGCUCUUGAGAAGGGCACUGCCGCCGCUUCCACUGCACAGGCAAGCGCUACGCAGGCUGCCACCAACUUGCCUGACUCUGUCAAGGCGCAGCUCCCCGAGUCUGUGCAGAGCGCUAUUGGCACCACUUCUAAAGAGACUACCAUUGAAGAGACGGCACCGGCCGUGCCCGCUGAAGUGAAGGAGUCGAUAGCUGAGGCUGGAAAGAGCCCCGAGGCUGCAGCGAGCACCUCUGCUGUUGAGGACAAGGCUGCUGUUGAGAAGGAGCUGUUGAAGGAGGUUGCACCGGUUGCUGCUAUUGACGAGGAGUCAAAGAAGACUGAGGCCAAGGCCGAACCUGCUUCUGAGCCAUCUACUGGAGCCGCAGCAGUUGAGACCCCGGCCGUCGUCAAGACUGGCGCAGCCGCUGGCGCCACGACGAGUGAGGUCAUAUCUGAGCCCAAGACCGAGACUGAGCCUGCGGCUACCGAGCCUGCCACUGCCGUUGCCAACGGAUCCAGUGCCCCAACGACCGCCACUCCUGAGACGCCGGCCAAGUCUACCACCAAUUCCAGCAAGCCUGAGGAGAGCCCUGCCACCGCCGAGAAGAAGAAGAAGAACCGCAUCAGCGCCUUCUUUGGCAAGCUCAAGGAGAAGGCCGCCAAGAAAUAA